AGACUGCAGCCCACCACGCAGCAGCAGCACCAGCAGCAGCUUAACGGAGCAAACCAUUGCAGCGCUUCAGGUUGGAACACCUGCCUUACCGGCCCUUUACGAUAGGCGCGCUUACUCUGCUAUACUAGCGAAGGAUUUGGGACGCUGCCGCCCUGUGGACGCUGCAGUCGAGAGGCUCCGGCCAGAUGCGCGUCCAACUGCGCCGGUCCCCCCAUCGCGAAGGCGGCAGCAUCACCCCGCCGCCUGCAAUGGCGCUAUAGCCGCUCCAGUCAGUAGCGUGCAUCCUCCUCACAUACGGCUCCGCGGAGGCCAUUCCGUCCGGGACGCUCCGAACAAGCGUGGGAUCGAAAUGCGCCUUUCGAAAGGUUCUGCAGCGAGAGCGUCAGUGUUUGUGCUUUAGCUCCCACUACUUGUGCAUCACGCGUCAAACGGAGCCCAAGCCGCGAAUGUGUGAAGAGGCCUGAGAGGAUUCUAAAACGGCAUCGAUCGGACCAGAUUUGGCACGCUGCAGUAGGUCAACCCGAACGCUCAGUCCUGAGUUCUAAUGGGGCCACGGCGAUGCUGACACCCCCGCUGAAUCCAAAGACAUCAUAAUGCUGAAGACGGAGGCCACGGGGGAGAGGACCAGCCUCCGGAGUGCCUCCCCGCACCGCAAUGCCUACCGGGCCGAGUUUCAGGCCCUCAAGAAGGCCUUCGACAAGCCUCAAACAGAUGGAAAUGCCAGGCCCAAGGACCUCGAACGGGGGAAGCAACCAAGGGGCCGCCAGUAUGGCACGCACGUCAGCCGCAUUAAGGACAUGUUCAUGCAGAUGGGCUCAGAAAGUGUGGCUGUCAAAUCAAGGGGUCAAGAUGAUACCUCACCCCAAAAACUGGUCAAGCCAACCAACUUCAUUAACAAGGCGGAUGGAUCGGUGAUAAAACUCCAGCAUUCCUCAUCGGCUGAAAAGGUAGGCGGUGCGGGAGCAAAGUUCUCAGAAACCAGGAAGUUGUUUGAACAGCAUUCACGCGACCAGUCCCAAUCGCCAGUCUACUCUUGCGGACGCGAGAAAAGGGGUUCCCACGAGCACCUCGACGACUGCCGAGGCGCCAGGUCCAACAGAGGCAGUACGGACUCUCUGGACUCGCUGUGCUCCAGAACGGAGGCGUCGUCGCCAACUGUUAGCCAACUGAGUGCUGUUUUUGAAAAUGCCGACCAACACAACCAGGGUACGCCCUUCAGGGGAGUCAGCAGACGGGCCUUGUACUCACCGGACGGAUUCCAUCGACAAGGCGGGGAUAUCAGCGAGGACGACGCGCGACAAUCUCCAAAUCGUGGAACUUAUCGCAGCAGGAAAGUGGGCAAGUUCCCGUCGUCUGUGUCCGCCGAUGACCUUCUGAGUUCGAGUCCCGCGGCAGAGAAAGUGGAGCGCAAGCUAAUCUUACGAGACAAGGAAGCCCAGGAUAGAGCUGAUAAGAGACAACUAUCUAAUGGAAGUCAGGUCAAUGGCUCCUGCGAUGAAGAUGACAAACACUCAGAAACACCACGAUAUAUCGAGGAAGCUAAUGACGAGUCAACAAGUACAAAUGAUGUGAUUACCAACAAAACUUUUGAGGAUGCAACUCCUGAUCCACCAAUCACAAAAACGGCUCUAGCCGAAGAAAGCCAAGAAGAUCCUACCAGAGAAGACACAUCUCCGGACUCUCCCAAAGACCAAGCGGACGAACCCGAAGAGGAAUACACCGGAAACGAGCGGGUGAUUUUUAACGCCGAUGGAGACGCGUGCUACCAGGGUUGGGGGGAAAGUUGCACCGAUCCCGAGGAUGAGCUCUAUGGAGACGACGAAGAUUUCGUCUACGACCCCGGCGCCGAUGUAACCGAGAUUCCUGGUUUGCCGGAGGAAAACAAAGACGAUGUCCCGCCGAAGCGGACGAUUCGCUUCAGCACUGCUCCUAUUACGGUAUUCAACACCUUCUCCAACGAGGACUACGACCGCCGCAAUGAGGAAGUGGAUCCCGUGGCCUCGUCGGCAGAGUACGAGCUGGAGAAGCGCGUGGAGAAGCUCGAGCUGUUCCCUGUGGAGUUGGAGAAAGAUGAGGACGGUUUGGGGAUCAGCAUCAUCGGCAUGGGUGUCGGCGCUGACGCGGGCCUGGAGAAACUGGGCAUCUUCGUCAAGACCGUCAUUGAAGGCGGAGCGGCCGAAAGAGAUAGCAGGAUCAAAGUGAACGACCAGAUCGUGGAGGUGGACGGGACCAGCCUGGUGGGCGUCACACAGAGUUUUGCAGCCUCUGUCCUCAGGAACACAUCAGGAGUCGUACGCUUUGUUAUUGGCCGAGAGCUACCGGGCCAGCAGAGUGAGGUGGCCACGCUCAUCCAGCAGACCCUGGAGCAGGAGAAGAGACAGCGAGAGCUCCUGGAGCAGCAGUACGCUCAGUAUGACGCCGAUGAUGAUGAGCAGACGGGUGAGUACGCCACAGACGAGGAGGAGGCGACGCCCGGCACGGCGAGCGAGGGGAAGAACAUCGAAGUGUUCGACCUGCCGGAGAACGAGGACGUUUUGUCGCCCUCGGAUUUGGAUGCCACCAAAUUGUACCAGAAAUUCAGAGAGCUUCAGAUCAAACACACAGUGACUGAGGCCGAGAUCCAGAAGCUUAGAAACAAGUUGACCUCUGUGGAGAGGGAGAAGCAGCGCUGGGAGAAGGAAAAGUGCCAGUUGAAGGCCAGCAUCGAGGAGAACAAGGAAAGGAUGCUGAAGCUGGAGAGCUACUGGAUCGAGGCGCAGACCCUGUGCCACACGGUCAACGAACACCUGAAGGAGGCCCAGGCGCAGUACCAGACUUUGGAGAAGAAGUACAACAAAGCCAAGAAACUCAUCAAAGAUUUCCAGCAAAAGGAGGUGGAGUUCAUCCAGAAGGAGGAUGCCGAAAGGAGACGACUGGAGGAGGCUGAGAAAGCUCACCUGGCUGAGAUCCAGGCACUGCAAGUCAGGAUUGCAACACUGGAGUCGGAGCUGAUGCAGUUGAUGAAGCAGAACAACAUUCAGGUCAACAACAACAACAGCAACGGUGCCGAGAGGCCGCCGCGUGCUCUGCGGAACAGCCCCGACAGAGCUGCGGCACUAGAUAGAGACCUGAGGAAGGGUUCACCCAGCAGAGCGAAAGGCUCCAGAGCAAACAGCGUCAGCUCCGCAGAGGGAGAGGUCUCAGAGGGGCGCCGCAGUCCAGGCCAUAGUCGCUCUGGCUCCAUUCGUAGUGCGGGUUCUUAUGAUGCGGCCCCCGGGGGUUUGGCCAGUGCAGAAGGAUCCCCCAAACGAAAAAAAGAAGGUUCUCUUGCAACAUCAAGCCCCUCUCGUCGAGUGGACGAGUCUGGUUGCACAAUGGCGCUGGCGGAGGACAGCCCUCGAAAAGUCAAGGCAGAAUUUCAAGAGGGACCCACUUUGAGCGAGGAGCUGAGUGCCAGCAGCGGCAGUUCCGUGGAGAUCAGCGGACUGGCCGGCGAAGCUAAAACGUCGGGACGUGAUGAUAAUUUAGCGCUUUCGUCUGAUGAGAGUCUGGAUAUGGUAGAUGAUGAGAUCCUAGAAGACGAGUGGAUUAUAAAGCAGCAUCAGUGGGAGAACCACAGCGUAUCAGAGUGGACCUCUCAGCAAGUGGCCGACUGGCUUAUGGGCCUCAGUUUAGAACAAUAUAUUCCAGAAUUUACUGCCAAAAACAUCAAUGGAGAAAAAUUGCUACAACUGGAUAGUGUCGAGCUCAAGGUAAACCUCAAUUCCCUUGGGGUAACUUCUUCCCAAGACCGAUCCUUGAUCAAGAAAAAGAUUAAAGGCCUUCAAGUUCUGAUGGAGAAGGCCAAGAGGAACCAUGAAAAAGUGGAGAAACAACGUGAGAAGCUCAAAAAGAAAAUGGUGGAGCAACAGCAGCCCGAGUGAUCCGAUCCUGUAUGACUCAUAUUUAUGACUCUUGCAAAAACCAAUUUCAAAAGGCUCUAAGAUUGAAAUUGGCGGGAGCUCCAAGCCUAGCUGUUUUCCCACCAAGCAAGUUAAACCAAAACAGUCGGUUACAGGACUCUGCCCUUCCUUAUUUUGCAUCAUUCUCCAUCAAUCCUGUGUUUUUCGGCAAUUCUAUUUAUUUCAAUGUUUGUUGCUGUAAAUUGGAUUUAUUUAUUCAUCUCCAGAGCAAAUAUGUGACCUAGUCAAUGCAAAUGUAUCCAGCACCCACUCCAGCACUAACUAUACUUUUUCAGUAUGGAAACAUCUUUUCAGUACUUAUUCAAAUGUUAUCCAGCCUAUAAAGUGUGCGCUCUUUGUCCUCACAAAUAGAAACGACGAGGGUGGUCCGGUACGGUGUCUUACCUUUUUUCCCAGUACUAGUAUCACACACUUACUAGUAUGCGAAUUAACCAGACUAGAAAACUACGGUACUACACUAGUAACUACUAGUAGGCUAGUAAAACUACAGGCAUGUGGCACGCACGAGUAGCCUCCUUAUUGAGGAUAUCAAAUAAAUUCUGACUUAUUUGAUGUCCUUGAUAGUCAUCUGAAAUACUCGAGGACAAUGACUCAAAUAUAUAAACUCAAAACGGCUUUCUAUAUUUCAGAAACUUUUGAUAAACAGCCGUACAGUAAUUAUUGAUACGAAUGUGCCAUUUUAAUAGACUCAUUUUUAUGCUACUCUCAUUGGUUGGUCACUGGAAACUAAUAAUCUGGUGGAACCUUGACAUACUGCAUAAGAGGCAGUACUCAUAGUGACCACUAGAUGUCACCACGCUGCUGUUAAAGGAAAACACUGGAAGUCAAUUUGCCAGAAAACUGGAAGUGUAAACUGUCAAGUUUUGCACUGGCAUGUGCAAUGUUGCUUGCAGUGUAAAGCAGCUCUCAAAAGUGGAUGUACUUUAUGACUGCUUUUAAAGGAGUCUACCGGGAAAAUGUAAAUGACCAAACCUAUUCCAUAAAAAGAGAAAAAAAUAUAAAAAAUAUAUAUAUAUCAACCGAUAAUUCCUACUGAUAUAUACAGUAAACUGUUGCUUGUUAACCCGCUUUGACCUCUUUUUGUAUUCCUUUUAAAUAACUAAUAAUACCCAAUCGCUGCCUUUAGAAAUUUUAGAGAUUUUUCCUGAAAUAACAACUAGCGACACACGUAACAUGUUUUUUCCUGCCAGAAAAAUAGAUAAUAAAUAGGAAGGCAGCCAUAUGAUAUAAAUGGUUCUUGUCUGUGCUCAGACGUGGUACAAGUAUACAAUUUAUAUUUACACAGGAAAGGACAUGCAAUUUAUUUGAAAUAUGUUCUGUGUUACUUCCUUAUUACUGUGAACAGUUCUAUAUUUUUACAAAAUAUAGACCGUUGCCAGUCACCAUGAUAGAACUGCUGUUUAUUUUAAACAAGGGCAAUGCCUGAAUACAGAACUUUGAUUUGAUGCUUCCAUCCAACUGCAGUACAGGUAGUUACCACUUUCUUGUUUAUUUCUGUAUAUAAGAAGUCAAUUGAUCAAUUACAAUGAACCAAUAAUGAUUUAUCCAGAAUUGUAAGUUUAUUCCUUUCCAGAUAUAUGAUUUGAUUUAUUGAUUCAAACAAAAGUGCAAUGCCCGAGAUGGCGAGGGCUUUAAGAACAAAAAUGUCCCGAUGUACAUGUCUGUUUAUUUAACUCAUCCAGCCACAAUAAACUACUCAAGAUGCAUUAUUUUA